AUGGCUUCUACUUCACAGCUGCCCCCGGCUUCCACACGCCAACACAACUUUGAGCAGGCCGUCGCCUACGCGCUGCACCUGUGGCCUGCGCUGACACUCUCCGUCGCCAACGGCUGGGGUGGCCCCGAUUCCUCCGAGAAGCGCGACUGGUUCGCCGGCGCCAUUGUCGAGCUGUUUCCCGAAUUCACAGACGCAGACGCGGCCGCGGCGCCCGAUGGCACAUCCAGCACUGCUGCAUCCACAGCAGACGAGGCCGACACGGAAGACGUGGAGACGGUGCUACUGCAGGUCAUGGUGGACGAGUUUGAGGUGAAUGUCGACGACGACUCGGCGCUCGAGGUCGCGCAGCAGAUUGUGCGCGCGCGCACGCAGUGCGCCGCGGGCCAGUUUGACGAGACGAAUGCGCUGGCGGAGCGCUUCGCCAAGCUCAAGGGCGGCAAAGUCGGGCAAAUGUUCCAAAAAGCCGAGGACCCGAACCAGGACACCGACGAUGAGCCCGACGACAGCGAGGACGAUGACGAGGAUGAGGGGAGUGAUGUGGACAUGGGAGAUGCGCCGGCGCCGGUGUCAAAGGAAAAGCAGGAACCGCAGGUGGAUGAGGACGGCUUUACCAUGGUGACGAAGAAGAAGAGGUAG